AUGUUCUUUCUUGCCUUCGUCACCCUCGCGUUCUCCGCAGCGCUAUCGUUGGCCGGCCCUGCAACCAAGCGCGCCUCGGCCCUGGAGGUUUCGCUCACCGCUCCGACCGAAGUUUUGUCGAUCGGCGACAUCAAGAUCAGCGUCGCGGUCACUAACACCGACUCGGAAGACGUCAAGGUGCUCAAGUAUGGCUCCGUUCUCGACGGCGCGCUCCCGACGCGCUCUUUCAAGGUCUCCAAGGAUGGCGUGGAGGCAGUCUUCACUGGGGUCAAGCUCCAGGUCGAUAUGACUUUCGCUGACGACUCUGCGUUCAUCGUCAUUCCUGCCGGCAAGAGCGUCGUCGUCAAUCACGACGUCGCCUCUCUCUUCGACUUCGAGUCGCUCGGCGCGGGGUCGUUUGAGUUCGAACCGCUCAACACCUUCCAGGUCGUCAAAGACAACGCUCACCCGAGCGCGUACACGGUUUCGACGAAGCCCUUUACGGUCAACGUCAAGUCCGACGUGCAGAAGCACGCACUCCAGACCUUUGAGAAGCGCGCAGUCAUGAACUGCUCGUCAACCACUACCGAGGCGGACUUCAUCGCCGCGAGCUACACGGAGAGCAAGUCGCUCGCCGCGCUCGCCGCGAGCUACGUCCAGAGCCACGGCGAGGACGCGCUCUUCGCCUCGUACUUCGGCACCGGCACCACGUCCGCCGUGCUCAAUGUUCUCGGAAAAGUCGCCGGCGAGAACUCGAGCAGCCGCACCCUGAGCUGCCACGACCCGUACGGGGUCUGCCAGCCCGGCGUCAUCGCCUACACCGCCAUCGUUGGCGACAACGACAUAUACUACUGCAGCAUUUUCUACAACGAGGUCCAGAUCGCCCGGCUCUGCAGCGACACGUCCGUCGAGGCCCGCAACGUCCGUGGCGGUACUACCCUCCACGAGCUGACACACGCGACGGCGGGCACGGUCGACGUCGGGUAUGGGUGCUCGUUCGACAUGGGGCUUUCGGCGAACCCCGCGGUGACCAAUGCAGACAGUUACAAUUGCUUCGCGACCCAGAUUUACAAGAACACGCAGUGCUAA